CCAGGAGCCGCGAGAGUCCUUCCGCUUCUCAAACCUGCCAAAGUGUAAGUCCAUUUGGGAAACUGGAAAGGGAGAAGGAAAGAGAACAAUAAUUGUGUCUGGACGUUUUGUCAUCAUGCGGCGUAGCCGAACCAUGUCCUUUCUGAGCAUGGAGAAAUCCCGAGAACAGCUGGACUUGGCAACUUGCAUUGGGGCAUUUCCCGGCGGGGGUAUUAAGCGCCGGUUUUCAGGGACUCCACUGCUCCCACCACUUGCCUGCCGCCAUGCAACCAUCAAUGACCUCAGCCAUGGGCCAGAGAUGGAGCACUCCAGGGUAGUCUUCACCAUUGAGGAAUCUACUCCUGCUGCGGUCAAGGACUCUGACCUAAUAAG